UUGUUGAUUAUAUGGAUGCCAGUGGAGGAACUUUUUAUUUUCGAUGGAAUGAUAUUUUAACACAAGCAGCCGCGUUAGCCUUCCUGGAUGAUAUGAAUCAAUUUUAUGUCUUUCGUGAUUUUACUUACAGUCAUUUAACAAUGAUUCAACCACCAAAGGGUGCUUAUGGUGGUUUAGUCGUUGGUACAGAUCAUAGUACAAUUCACGGUAUUGCUCCCUCCAGCGAAAGUUUAACUUUGAUUCAAAACUACGCUCUUGCACAUCAAAUGUCCAUAACGGGCAAAUGUGUACUUCAUCCCUUUGCGAAUUUUAAAGGAAAUGAAUGUGAUGAAUGA